UCGGGAGUGAGUCGGAACCAGCCCUGUCAAGGCUCCUAGGAUUCUGGAUAAGCCGAGUUAGCAAUGAGGCUCAUUCAUGAGAAGUGAGUCUGAAGGAAGAAGGGCCCGGACAAGAGGUCUUUGUCGUGUGACUUCCCCCCAAACGGCGAGAUGUCGGGCUCCUCGCCAUUCAAGAUGCGGUUUGUGCACCUGGACCUUAAAGGAGCCCCGCCGAAGGUCUCGUACCUCUCGGAGAUCUUCCCGCUGUUCCGUGCCCUGGGCGCCAACGGUCUCCUCAUCGAGUACGAAGACACGUUUCCCUACGAGGGCCCCCUGAGGCUGCUGAGGGCCCCGCACGCGUACAGCCCCAGUGAGGUCACGGAGGUCCUGCGUCUGGCCGCCGCGCACGAGCUCGAGGUGGUCCCCUUGGUGCAGACAUUCGGGCACAUGGAGUUUGUGCUGAAGCAUGAGGCUCUCGCCCACCUCCGAGAAGUGGCGCUUUUCCCCAACACCCUGAACCCGCACGAGGCGGAGUCGCUGGCGCUGGUGGGAGCCAUGGUCGACCAGGUGCUGGCGCUGCACCCGGGAGCCCGGUGGCUCCACAUCGGCUGCGACGAGGUCUAUUACCUCGGGGAGGGCGAGGCCUCGAGGCAGUGGCUGCAGCAGGAGCAGAACACCACGGCCACGCUGUGUCUGUCCCACAUGAGGGCCGUGGCCAGCCACGUGCGGGACCGGCACCCGGCCACGACGCCGCUGGUGUGGGACGACAUGCUGCGGGACAUCCCCGAGGACCAGCUGUCAGCGUCCGGGGUGCCGCAGCUGGUGGAGCCAGUGCUCUGGGACUACGGGGCCGACCUGGACGUGCAGGGCAAGGCCCUCCUCAUGGAGAAGUACCGGCAGUGCGGCUUCCCCCGGCUGUGGGCAGCCAGUGCCUUCAAGGGGGCCACGGGGCCGAGCCAGGCCCUGCCCCCCGUCGAGCACCACCUCCGGAACAACCUGCAGUGGCUGCAGGUGGCGGCCCAAGGGCGGAAGGACACACUGCAGGGCAUCAUCCUGACCGGCUGGCAGAGGUACGACCACUUCUCUGUGCUGUGUGAGCUGCUGCCCGUGGGCAUCCCGUCCCUGGCCGUCUGUCUGCAGUCGCUCCUACACGGAGGCUUCACCGAGGACGUGAGGGCACAAGUGCAGAACCUGCUGGGGAUCUCGAGCCUGGAAAUCGCCGGCGUCCUGAGUGAGGGGACCGGCUCCUUCCCUGGCAGUGACAUCCUGGCCCUCGUCAUCCAAGUCAGCCUGCACCUGCGCAGCUCUGUGGACGAGAUGCUGCAGCAGGUAUGUGACAGGCUGGUUCAGCCCCUACCACCGCAGGCGGAAGCUCAUCCACCCAGUCAUGAUCCAGCACAUCCAGCCCCAGGCGCUCAGGUAGCCCCUGCCCCCGCCGUGCCCACCCUGGAGCUGGCAUCCUCUGCCACAUGGUGGCUGUGCUCUGGAAUCCCAGGUACCCCCGAACGUUAGUGAAGCCAGCGUGUUCCAAGCCUGAGGAGGGAGGGUGACCAGAAUGACUGGGCAGGGUCCAGGCUCACUGUGGAGCCAGACCACAGGGGCCCAUCCUGGCCCCCCAGCUGGCAUGAGCCCACGUCCUCCCUGGCACCAAGGAGACAGGGUCCUGCCAGCCAGUCCUCUGGGCACUGGGCUCUGUGCAGACUGUCCCUGCUGGGUGUCAGUACUGUGCACCGUUGAUGGGUGUAGGUCUUAAGGAAAUCCCAGGUUCAGAUGUUAAAA